GGCCCCCGUGGCCCCUUCACCAUCAUGAUCCAUCAUGAUCCAUCAUAGCUCCGUCGUCGACAGCCUCACUCGUCGGGAGCAUGCGCCCGGGGAUCCCUGUACAGCGGCCCCAUCAAGUCGUUACGAGGCUGCUCUCGCUCGCCUGCAGCCUCUGCAUUUCUUCCAUUCUCGAAUCGCCCGGACUGGCCAGUGGCACGCACACAUGGCCCAUGGACUACGCUAGAACGGCACAAGGUGACAAGACUCCAAGAGACGCUGCCACUACGCACCACACAGACCACAUACUUUUUGACACUACACCACCACGGCCAUACCACCCAUGUCUUGUCGACGUUCGACUCUUUCAAGUCUCACUCUCAACGACCAGCUCUCUCUUUCGCGGCUCGCCUGCAUCGCCGUGCCAGAAUGACACACAAUUCUUGCCUCAGGCAUGGAUGCUUCAACCUCAAGCAACCCUGACAGCGAAUCAACCCCAGCCAGUCCCUCGUUCUGCCCGUUUACCGCUCCGAGCCACACAGACGUGCAGCAUAUUGCUGCAGACUGCAAAGACGUAUGCACCACACGCAUCCAACCAACGCAGCGUUGCGGCGACCACCAAGCCUGGAUCGCGGCGUGCGGCGCCACGGCGUGCAUAGGUCAAGGGUACGGCAGACUCCAGAGAAACGAGAGAAAAAAAAGACACAUACUCGCAACAUCAAUCUGCUUGUCCAUUGAGCGCUCCGCACGCUCAGGUUGC